AUGGAUCAAACUAAAGUACUUGUUCUAGGGCACAGUUUUGUGCGACGUUUAGAAGCUGACCUUACUGGUUCAUGGACAAAUUUGGGUUUUGAUAGCGAUUUGGUCCGCGUCCACUGUGUUGGUCGAAGGGGUGAUCGGGUACACGACAUUUUAUCAACCAUGUCACAAUCCAUCGUGGAUAUCAAACCAAAAGUAGUUCUAUUACAAAUAGGAGGCAACGACUUGGAUUCAGUUAAUUUUACGGAGGUACAGGGACGUCUGGCAAGGGAUUUACAUUCUAUCGCACAGUGGCUGAGGGAAGGUUAUUCUGUUCGGGAAGCUGGAGUCAUGCAACUUUUUUAUCGGGCUAAAACCAGAUCUAUAGCGGUUGAAACCUACAACAGAAGUGUCGAUGCAGUAAACAGUGAGAUCAAACGUUUGUGUGAGGAAUCUGAGGAUUGUUUUUAUUGGCGUCACAAAGGGUUGAAAACUGAUGCAUUCGACUGUCUCAACAAAGAUGGCGUCCAUCUUUCCCGCGCAGGGCUACGCAAGUAUAAAUACUCUGGACGUGGGGCGGUGCUUCAGGGCAUACGAUUGGCUGACAGGGAUAAGAGUGAACCUCGUGACAUUUCCUUAUAA